UGGCUAAUAAGUGACUGACGCUAGGUCUUGGAGUUAGGCCCAGCGCUUUUUAUCAGAUUGACAGGCCAGGGGGAUGAGUGCAUGUGCUCGUCGAAAGGCCCGCCAGUGAGUUUGUCUCAUCUUGGCAGAGCUUGCCAUGAGUGAACGCAUCUUGAGUGAGUGAGGUCUUGAGUAUGUCUUGAAUGAGUGAGUUUCGAGUGAGUCAUCCUAGCAUGAGUGACCCUCUCACUCAUUCCUCUUUACAUACAAUUAAACACCACCAUGCAUCCUCGGCUUCGCAUUCUCCACGACAGACCCAACCAGAAACAUGGCGACGUGACAUCUCCGUCCCAGCAGGAUACGCACACACACACACACACUGGCAAAAGACAGACACUGUGAGAUACACCGUGUGCGUAUCCAUCCAAUCCACCGGGGGUCUCACACCACCUCGUCCCAUGCGGCCGCCUUGGCUGUCAAGCAUUCUGUGGCCGUGGGGAGAUCCCUCUGGAUGUGAAGCAAUGGGAACGGAGAUGGUGGGCUCGUCCCACUACGCACAAUUGAGAUGCAACGCCCAGCCGAGAUGCAGAUGGGCCGUCCUCCACACUGUUCGGUUCGACACUGAUAUACUUUGUACCUACCGCAUACAACAAACUAGCGUACGGCAGAUAUGCACAUCGCACUCUCAAACUCGGGCGAGCGGACGGCCGUGGAUGGCUGUGUGCUGAUCGCGUCCCCAUUGUCUCGAAACCACACGUGGAAUAGGCAUGUGUGUCGGGACUUGGGCUCAAGACACUCUAUCUUUGUAUGCACACGCACUGAUGUGUGGAAUGUGUGGAGUAGUGCCAUCUGGUGUCCGUCCAUACGCGUCCAAGGUGGAAAUCCUCGCUGAAGAAUCCAAAGAACC